UGACCAUCUUUCUUCCCUGUCCCACAAAGCCUAUUCCGGUAUUUUUCCAAGUCACUUCUUUCUGAUGCCUGAUAAAUUCCAGUUACCAACUCUAAUUUUUUUCUCCCUUACUUGUUCCAGGGCUCCAUAUCUAAGCAUACGGAAAGACUGAAAUGAUUAGGUUUGCAAAUAGCAGCUGCCCCAGCAUAAGAGACUUGUUAGGAAGGUGGGAUAGGCUUUUGUGGGCCUAGGAAGGGAGGAUUUUAGUGAUCACACCAUUUCUAACAAAAGUUCAGUGAUAGUUCUUACUUUUUCUGAACUUCACCUUCAGUUACUGCAAGACUGCAAAUUUUACUGUGUCUCACUGUGGUACAUUUCAGUACAUGAGAGAUUACAGAUAGCAAUCAUACCAGGUUUUGUGGUGAAAGUUGGGAAUUCUUACAUACUGGACUUGGUGUCACCCUUGUACAAAAUGCAGUUUAUGAGCUCCUUUGUGUGUUGCUGGGCUCCAGAAAUACAUAGUUGCUUUGCUGAUAAUACAUACUGAUUGAGCUUUCUCUGGGUUCUGCAUUUGUCACCCUCAUAAGAAAGUACUUAAUUAAAAACUUUCUUUUUUUGCAUCUCAAAGUGUAGACAAAAAACCUCUAGCUAUCUCAGUGAUACUCCAUUGGAUCUCCAACAAAACAAAAAAAUUUUAACAAAUUUGAUAGGCAUUGCUUUGUCCUAAAAUAAGGUUGUUAUUGAUUAAAUUACUAAGAAAUGGAGACUACCAUACUUGACAUUUAUGUCAAUGAUGCUGCACGAUGUAUGUUGACACUUUGACUGAAUAACAGAAGUCAGCCCUUUUAUAAAGGACGUCAAAAGUACUAUUUUGUACAUCUGUGCAUUUUUAUUUUAAGCCUUUUGGUCUCAGGAACUCAAUAGAAAACAUUUUAAAGUGUUUUAUUCUCUCUCUGUCUGUAUUGAUUGGACUUUGCAGCAUUUGUUUAUUUCAAUAAGCCCAUCUGUCCCUGAAAAAUGUACAGCUGUACACCAAAGCACGCAGAGCAGACAUGUCAGUAAUGAUUUUUGUAUCCCUAUCUUCUUCCCCCUCUCCUAUUACUAAUUCUAAGCAGGUACAAUAUCAAUAUUGUGCUUUGGCGAGGAAUAAACUCAUGCAUAAAAGUUCACAAACAGAAUCAUCUCAAAGUCAUUAACACUGAUUGUGAAACCCAGGAAUUCACCUCAGAAUACAUCUUCUGUUUACUUGAAUAACUCAAGAAUUACAAAUUGCAGAAGAAAAAUCAUUUUACCUAAAGACUUAUAAAUGAACAAAGGCUAGGAGAACUACUGCUGGUUUUGAGAGUAUUAACCCCCUCCCACUCCCUCAUAAAGUUUUGGAAUUGUUCCCUGAAGAAACACCAGAUCAGCUCAGCCAAUACCAUUCUCUCAAAAUAAUCAUGUGUAAUUUUGUUAAAUGAAACUGAAAAUCCAAAACUUCGUAUGAAACACACAAAUACAUUCUUAAGGAUAAUACUGAAACUGUAAUAGCUGUGCAAAUAGUUUUGAUACACUUCCUUGGUAUCAGCAACUACUGUUAACACAGAUUGGUACAUCUGUCAUUUUCCAGGUCGUUUUAUGAAACUAAGGGAGCCUACUUCAAAGUCUACUGAAUAUGUGAAAUAGAUUUUAUUGCAAAUAAUUAGUGGAAAGCUAUUUGCUAGCUGGACUUCAGCUAUAUGAUUUCCCGUAACAUGUUCCUUAAAACUUCCUUUGGGAAAAAUUGCAGUAGUAAUAUAACUCUGUUAAUCGGGUUUGUUUUGUAUUUUCUAUAUACCAUGUGGUGGGAUGCAUAUUUGUUUACACAUUCAGUAUCACUGUCCUUGCAUACUAGCUUGCUGUUUCGAGCUUAAUCGAUGAUGCUGGAGAGUAUCUGAAUGAGCUAAAUGUUAAUCUUCUCUUUUCCUCUUGCUUACUGUGCUUUUGCUUCUUUUUUCUAGAUGUUUUUGCUUAUUCCUUCUAGUGUGAUUUUACAGUUGUAGACUAAGAAGUGGCAAAAGUUCUCAAGAUUAACAUGCAGGAAAACAAAACCUAAGGAGAACCAAAGGAUGAAAGCAGAUUUCUUUGCAAGAAAGAGAAGCAGGGGGGUGUUUGGGGCACAGAUGGGAGAAGGUUUAAUAAGCACACAUACAAAUCUAUGCAAAUAAUAUGCUGCAUUUUGCACUUAUAAUUAAUCAAUAUAAUAAGUAUAUGUGCACUUGCACAUAUAUGAUAAUAAUAAUAUAUCAGUGUGGCACUUAAAAACCAACUUGAUAGCAUUAUACUUUGAAAAGAAGAAGAAUAUAUAUAGCAUGCAUUAGUAAAGUCAUUUAUUAUUUAUUCAGGUUCACUAAGUGAAACUACAUGCCAACAUAUCUGUAUUGCCUCCUUAAUCUACUAGAAUGAUUGAUCCAUGUUCACUUGUGUAACCGUAGAAUCUCUCUCCUGCUAGGUUUUCCUGUUGUCUGUUUCUCUUUAUCCAAUAUAGUGCAGUUCUUAUUCUCCCUAUAUUUAGCGUCUGUUACUAAUUUAAUCUUUAGAUUAAUAGUCAAUUUAUGUUAAUCUUCUUUCUUUUUUCCUUGCACUUUUUUAUUUUUCUUCCGAUGCUUAAAAUAGAAGUGGAGCAAAAAGUUUUUGUUUGCCCGGGGACGUUGAAAGCAAUUGUGGACUCACCGUAUUUAUAUGAAGCUGAACAAAAGGCAGGUGCUUGGUGCAAAGAUCCUCUCCAGGCUGCAGAUAAAAUAUACUUCAUGCCAUGGACUCCGUAUCGCACUGAUACUUUGAUAGAAUAUGCUUCUUUAGAGGACUUCCAAAAUGGACGCCAGCAGACAACAUAUAAACUGCCAAAUAGAGUGGAUGGCACUGGAUUUGUAGUGUAUGAUGGCGCUGUCUUUUUUAACAAGGAAAGAACUAGGAACAUAGUAAAAUUUGAUUUGAGGACUAGAAUUAAGAGUGGAGAGGCCAUAAUCAAUUAUGCUAAUUACCAUGACACCUCACCAUACCGAUGGGGGGGAAAGACUGACAUUGACUUGGCAGUUGAUGAAAAUGGCUUAUGGGUAAUUUAUGCUACGGAGCAAAACAAUGGAAUGAUAGUAAUUAGCCAGCUGAAUCCCUACACCCUGCGUUUUGAAGCCACCUGGGAAACAACAUAUGAUAAGCGGGGAGCAUCCAAUGCUUUCAUGAUAUGUGGUGUCCUGUACGUAGUUCGGUCAGUGUAUCAGGACAAUGAGAGUGAGACCGGCAAGAAUGCCAUCGAUUACAUCUACAAUACCCGGUUAAGCAGAGGCGAGCAUGUGGACAUUCCUUUCCCCAACCAGUACCAGUACAUCGCCGCAGUGGAUUACAACCCCAGAGACAACCAGCUGUACGUGUGGAAUAACAACUUCAUUCUGCGAUAUUCUUUGGAGUUUGGCCCACCUGAUCCUGCCCAAGUGCCUACCACAGCAGUGACAAUAACCUCUUCAGCAGAGCUAUACAAAACCACAGUGUCAACCACUAGCACUACAUCACAGAAAGGUCCCAUAAGCACAACAUUAGCUGGAGGAACAAAGGAAGGAAGCAGAGGACCCAAGCCACCGCCACCCAUUUCCACAACCAAAAUUCCUCCCGUGACAAGUUUUUUCCCUUUGCCAGAGAGAUUCUGUGAACCGACUGAGGCCAGGGGGAUUAGCUGGCCUCAGACACAAAGAGGAAUGAUGGUUGAACGCCCUUGCCCCAAAGGAACACGAGGAACUGCCUCAUAUCUCUGCGUGAUCUUAACUGGAAUGUGGAACCCCAAAGGCCCUGAUCUUAGCAACUGCACCUCACACUGGGUAAAUCAGCUGGCUCAGAAGAUCAGAAGUGGAGAAAAUGCUGCUAGUCUGGCCAAUGAACUGGCUAAACACACCAAAGGUCCUGUCUUUGCUGGUGAUGUUAGUUCAUCAGUGAGGCUGAUGGAGCAGCUUGUGGACAUUUUGGAUGCUCAGCUGCAGGAACUGCGGCCCAGUGAAAAAGACUCUGCUGGAAGGAGUUAUAACAAGCUCCAAAAACGCGAGAAGACAUGCAGGGCUUACCUUAAGGCAAUUGUGGAUACAGUGGACAACCUGCUCAGGCCUGAAGCUCUGGAGUCCUGGAAGGACAUGAAUUCUUCAGAACAAGCCCAUGCAGCCACAAUGCUACUUGAUACGUUAGAAGAAGGGGCUUUUGUCUUGGCUGAUAAUCUCUUAGAACCAACUAGAGUCUCAAUGCCCACAGAAAAUAUCGUUUUGGAUGUUGCAGUGCUCAUUACGGAGGGCCAGGUGCAGGACUUGAAAUUUCCUCAGGGCAGCAAAGGAGGGAACUCUAUUCAGCUCUCUGCAAGCACCGUGAAACAGAACAGCAGGAAUGGAUUAGCAAAACUGGUUUUCAUCAUUUACAAAAGUUUAGGGCGUUUUCUCAGCACGGAAAAUGCAACCAUAAAGUUAGGCAGCGACUUUGCUGGACGGAAUAGCACGAUCGCAGUGAACUCCCACGUCAUUGCAGCCUCUAUCAACAAGGAGUCUAGCCGGGUGUACCUGACUGAUCCUGUGCAUUUUACACUGGAACACAUUGAUCCUGACAACUAUUUCAAUGCAAAUUGUUCCUUCUGGAACUACUCAGAGAGGACUAUGAUGGGAUACUGGUCAACUCAAGGCUGCAAACUUGUCGACACAAAUAGAACUCAUACAACGUGUGCUUGCAGUCACCUAACCAACUUUGCAAUUCUUAUGGCUCAUCGGGAAAUUGUGUACAAAGAUGGAGUGCACGAAUUGCUCCUCACUGUCAUCACCUGGGUGGGAAUUGUCAUCUCUCUUGUUUGCCUGGCCAUCUGCAUCUUCACAUUCUGUUUUUUCCGUGGCCUGCAAAGUGAUCGUAACACUAUUCACAAGAACCUUUGUAUCAACCUAUUCAUUGCUGAGUUCAUUUUCCUAAUAGGCAUCAAUAAGACAGAGUACAAGAUUGCAUGUCCAAUAUUUGCAGGUCUGUUACACUUUUUCUUCCUGGCAGCCUUUGCCUGGAUGUGCCUGGAAGGAGUGCAGCUUUAUCUGAUGUUAGUGGAAGUAUUUGAAAGUGAAUAUUCUAGGAAGAAGUACUAUUACGUUGCUGGCUACCUCUUCCCUGCUACAGUCGUUGGUGUUUCAGCAGCUAUUGACUAUAAGAGCUACGGAACAGAGAAAGCUUGCUGGCUUCAUGUAGAUAACUAUUUUAUUUGGAGUUUCAUUGGACCUGUUACCUUUAUUAUUCUGCUGAAUCUUAUCUUCCUGGUGAUCACAUUGUGCAAAAUGGUGAAGCACUCAAACACUUUGAAACCAGACUCUAGCAGGUUGGAAAACAUUAAUAAUUACCGUGUUUGUGAUGGCUACUAUAAUACGGACUUACCUGGCUAUGAAGAUAAUAAGCCAUUUAUCAAAUCCUGGGUCCUGGGUGCAUUUGCUCUCCUGUGUCUCCUUGGCCUAACAUGGUCAUUUGGCCUGCUGUUUAUCAAUGAGGGCACUGUUGUGAUGACGUAUCUCUUCACAGUAUUUAAUGCUUUCCAAGGAAUGUUUAUUUUCAUCUUUCAUUGUGCCCUUCAAAAGAAAGUACGUAAAGAAUAUGGCAAAUGCUUCCGACAUUCUUACUGCUGUGGUGGACUACCAACUGAGAGUCCCCACAGUUCAGUGAAGGCAUCAACAACAAGAACUAGUGCCCGCUAUUCCUCUGGCACUCAGAGUCGCAUAAGGAGGAUGUGGAAUGACACUGUGAGAAAACAAUCUGAAUCGUCUUUUAUCUCAGGUGACAUCAACAGCACUUCAACACUUAAUCAAGGAAUGACUGGCAAUUACCUACUAACAAACCCUCUUCUUCGACCACACGGCACUAACAACCCCUAUAACACAUUGCUCGCUGAAACAGUUGUAUGUAAUGCCCCUUCAGCUCCUGUGUUUAACUCACCAGGACAUUCACUGAACAAUGCCAGGGAUACAAGUGCCAUGGAUACUCUACCGCUAAAUGGUAAUUUCAACAACAGCUACUCAUUGCGCAAUGGAGACUAUAACGACAGUGUGCAAGUUGUAGACUGUGGACUAAGCCUGAAUGAUACUGCUUUUGAGAAAAUGAUCAUUUCAGAAUUAGUGCACAACAACCUGCGGGGCAGCAGCAAGAACCACAACCUGGAGCGCACGCUACCGGCCAAAGCUGUGAUCGGCGGGAGCAGUAGCGAAGAUGAUGCCAUCGUGGCAGAUGCCUCAUCUUUGAUGCACAGUGACACCCCUGGGCUGGAGCUCCACCACAAAGAGCUUGAGGCCCCGCUCAUUCCUCAGCGGACUCACUCCCUUCUGUACCAGCCCCAGAAGAAAGUGAAGACCGAGGGAACGGACAGCUACGUCUCACAGCUGACAGCCGAGGCUGACGACCACCUCCAGUCCCCCAACAGAGACUCUCUUUACACGAGCAUGCCCAAUCUCAGAGACUCUCCGUAUCCAGAGAGCAGCCCCGAUGUUGAAGAAGAUCUCUCUCCCUCCAGGAGGAGUGAAAAUGAGGACAUUUACUACAAGAGCAUGCCAAACCUAGGAGCUGGCCAUCAGCUUCAGAUGUACUAUCAAAUCAGCAGGGGUAAUAGCGACGGCUAUAUAAUUCCCAUUAACAAGGAAGGAUGUAUUCCAGAAGGGGACGUUAGAGAAGGACAAAUGCAACUAGUGACAAGCCUUUAAUAGUGUAGCAAAGAAAUAUUAAAGGCCACGUACAAGUAUUAAAAAGACUUAAUUGGCCCCAUGCAGGCUCCCUCAUAUCUGCUUGAAGAGACAAUUCUGUUGACCCUGUGGUUCUCCAGUAAUGGGGAUGACUGGACCUCGCAGUUCUGUGAAUUUUUAUAAAACAAAAACUUUGUAUAUACACAGAGUAUACUAAAAUGAAUUAUUUGUUACAAAGAAAAGAAAUACCAAACAAGGUAUUUUAAGAUAUCUUCUGCUGCUGAAUUUAACAAAAUUGUGAAGAAAAAAGAAAAAGAGAAAUAAAACACUUCUCAGCCAUUUUACUGCAGCAGUUUGUGAACUAAAUUUGUAAAUAUGGCUGCACCAUUCUUUUUUCUAGGCCUACAUUGUAUUAUAUACAAGGCGUAGGCUCUAAAAUCCUGUGGGACAAAUUUACUGUACCUUACUAUUCCUGACAAGACUUGCAAAAGCAGGAGAGAUAUUCUGCAUCAGUUUGCAGUUCACUGCAAAUCUUUUCCAUUAGGGCAAAGAUUGAAUACAUGUCUAACCACUAGCAAUCAAGCCACAGGCCUUAUUUCAUAUAUUUCCUCAAAUGUACAAUGAACCGUUCUCAUGAAAAAAAAAAUGGCUAAAGAAAUUAUAUUUUGUUCUAUUGCUAGGGUAAAAUAAAUACAUUUGUGUCCAACUGAAAUAUAAUUGUCAUUAAAAAUAAUUUUAAAGAGUUUGAAGAAAAUAUUGUGAAAAGCUCUUGGUUGCACAUAUGUUAUAAGCUGUUUUUCUUACACUCUGUUCAUAGUAUGGUAGUAUGUUUAAAUGCAAGUUCUACCCGUUUUCACUUAUUUUUCACUGUAAACAGUGUUCUGCUUUGACAAGUUAGUUUUUAUUCUUAUGUUUUGAAUUUUUAUUGCCAAAAACCAUAAUUUGGGGAGAAAAUUGUUUUAGAAACCAAUUAUGCCAAGCCUUGCACAAAUUCGGUAUAGCUGACAAAGAUUGUAACACAAUUCCCUGUUCAUUCUUUAAUCAAUCAGGGUUGGGUGGUAAGGGGUAAAGGGGACACCGGACACUUCUCACAAGCUUUCUCGUGAAUAAAAGGUGCCUGUCCUUUAAAAAAAUAAAUAAAACAUAACUAUUACUCUUCCAUAUUCCUUCUGCCUAUAUUUAGUAAUUAAUUUAUUUUAUGAUAAAAAUCUAAUGAAAUGUAAAUUGUUUCAACGAAAUUCUGCUUUUUUCAUCCCUUUGUGUAAACCUGUUAAUAAUGAGCCCAUCACUAAUAUCCAGUGUAAAGUUUUAACACCUGUUUGACAGUAAAUAAAUGUGAAUUUUUUUCCAAAUAGGUAAAAUGUGCAUUCUUAUGUACGAAGCAUAAUUGGCAUCAGCAGUCCUUCGACCCAGCUGUAUCCUGCUUAGACUGGCUUCUUUACAUUUCAUGAUUUAAUGUUGAGAAUACAAUAGUAACUGUCUGUAUAGCUCUACAGAAGAGAGGUCAUCUUACCUAUUCAUUAUUCUAGUCAGAAUUGGAUAAGAUCAAACUCAGACAUAGCAGGGUCAUUAGGAAAAUGUACUGUAAUUUCAUAAUUUACAUAACUUUUAAAUAGGCAUCUGUGCUGAAAUUAAAAAUAAGAUGGUAAACACCAGUAUCAUAUUCUCAGCAACAGUAAUUAGCAGUUAAUUAUUAGUGAUAAAGAUACAUUGUUGCACUGGGGAAAACAUGAAUAAGCAUUUGGAUAGCACUCUGAGAGCUAUCUAAAUAAUUAAUCCAUCAUGGCAUUAUUUCGAGUUAGAUAAAUAAGCAUGACUGUCCCUAUUUUUAUCAGACCAGAGAAGUGCAGAAGGCAGCUGAUGUCUAAGAUGUUACUGACCAAAUCAGUGGCGAAAUUGGAAGUCUGAGGUCUUUGUUUUGUUGAUUCCCAAGCCUCUUCUCUCAAUCAGGGCCUCUCAAAAGAUAAUGGCAAGGACUUCAUUUGUCACCACUCCCAAAAUUGCAUUCUUCCAAAUAACGCUAAAAUUAAUGCCCUGUCAUCACAGGGGCCACCAUUUCACAUGUGGCAGUUUGUGAAUACAUGUAUGAUAACAGCAAAAAUUCACUUGGAAGCCAUAUCAGUUGUUACCUUCUAAUGCAUUGGAAUAUUAUAAAGUCCAUUUGGAAAAUAAAUCAGUGCAUUUUGAAAAAGUUUAGGAAGAGCAUUUUGGGCACGACCUCCUGCUCUUGAGACAAUUCAAAAUGUAAAAAUAUUAAAAUCUAGGUUGAGAUGGAACCCUGCGGUUCAGGUAAUAAUCAGGACUGUGACACUGUAGCAAAUGUUCUUGCAGAAAAAGGCGUUGGCACCAUUCACCCUAGUGGUAACUCUUGCUGUUCCUUAACAGUUAAAAGUUACUAUGCUUGCAGUUCCACUCACUGGAACAUUUAAAAUUAAAUCAGAAACUGUUUAGCUCUGUUGAGUAGAGAUGCUUUAAAAAUCUGAAGUCUCUAUGAAAUAAGAAUUUGUUCUAAUUCAGGGUAUACAGCAGACUCUUUGGAGCAAAAAUUAUUCUUUUGGUCUGUCUGGCAACUUAAAAGCAUGCUUGCUGCCUUCUACCUAGGAAAUUGUCUUAGGGAGUAAAAAAUUGUGGUGCUCAAGUAAUUACAGUACACAUGACCUAAUAAUGUCACCAACUUCCAACAGAAUCUUCAACCCUUAUUCAAGCAAGUACUCCUUUGUGUCUAACUAAAAGUGGCAAAACUACAUACUGGAAGAAGGGUUGUAGCAUUGUGAUCUUAAAUAUAUAUAGUCAAUGGCAAAUGUAACAAGUAUUCAUAAAACAAGAAAAUGUAGCUGAUGAACCUAAGAUGAAGCAGUUGAACCUAAGUAUCAUAAGGGAAUUCUUUUGUUAGCUUCUUUGUAACGUAGAUGUUGCUUUUUAGUGAGCCUGAUUUUUUUAAUGUUAUGCUAGUGAGUGUCCUGUGUUCAGCUAGCAGCCGAUUCCUUGCCAAAUUUCUGUUGGUGUAACUUCUCAGUGUAGUAGGUUACAGUAUAAUUAUAUAGCUGACAGCUUAUUGUAAUUUCUUUAUGUUCUCUUCUCACGUUCCUGCCAUCUUGUCUUGGGAUCAGAAGGACAGAAGAAUUCAGAGGAAGAGUUCGAGAAUAGCAAAAUAAUGACAUCAGAAUUAAUGGAAACAAGUGUUUCUUCAGGGUCAUCAGUUAACCAGUUCCUAUGAUGGUGCCAAGGAUAUGCUGCUAUUUUAGGCACUGUCUCUCAGAAGAGCUGUAAUUUUCUUAUGACUGGUAAUCUCCUGUUAGUAUCAGUGUUAACCCUACUGGCUCAGUUCAAUUCUUCCUUGUAACUUCAGUCCAGUUAUAUUAAUUCCUACAAAAGAUUAAAUGGGAUGUGCAUUUAGUGAACUGUUGUAUAAUGGUGCUAUGCAUUGUUUAAUAUAAAAUACAUCUCAAUUCUACAUAAGUGAACCAUAACAUGAAGAAAUGCAACACUGAUAAUACCUUUAUAGUUAAAAUUAACCUUUAUCUGUGAAUUCUACAAUACACCUUCGCUUCUUUUAAAUUUGAAAUGAAAUUACUAAUAAAGUUUACAUAUAUUCACUUA